AUCUCUGCCUCUGGAGUGUUUUUUUUAACUGAGGCGGAGUUAUAAACAAAGAGCAGGGAGGAGCAAUUAACAACCAUUCAUAUCUGUGUGUGAGGCUCAGAGACAGGAAGCAAACACACAUGAGAGAGCCAUAUCAUCCAGGUCAGUAGUUAGUAAUCUGGAAGAUAGUUUGCAGAAAUCUCCUCCACUAUGACUUCUGAAACAGCUGCAGAAACUGUAACGGUGAAGACAGAGGAAGGAGCAGCUGGUGCUGCAGCUGGAGGGAAACGAGAAUGGAAACGAGAGUGCCCCAUGGGUGAUCGUCACAUCCAUAGAGAAGAUGUGAGAAAAGUUUGGAAAGAAUGCCAGGAUGAAAGCUUUUGGUACAGAGCUCUCCCCCUCUCUCUGGGCAGCAUGGCUGUCACCGGCGGUCUCAUCUACAACGGAGUUUGGAAGCAAUCAAAGAGAUUGGGUUACUUUCCAAAACUAGCAGUGGCUGGAAUCCUCGGUUUCGCAGUGGGAAAAGCAUCUUAUGUUGGAACCUGCAGAAGCAAGUUUGCAGAGCUUGGCUUGAAGGACGGACCAGGAUCUGGACCCUGGUCUGAAGGAGGACGUGGACCAUGGAAAUCUGGUCCAGGACACCGACACUGCCACCAUGUGUGUGAAGAAUGUAAGAAAAAAGGUGAAGCUGCACCUGCACCUUCAGAACAAGCCAAAAUCUAGAGUCUCAUCAGAGACGCUGAGGCACGGCCUGUCAGAGUGGAAGUAUCAACCGCAGCUUUUCUAUAUGAAUGCUCUAAAUACUGCAUAUAAUAUCUCCAAAAUGUCAAUGUAAUAUUUUGUAUGUUCACCAGGAACUAUGCACAAGUUUGGCACUAGGGGGAGCUGCUGUCUUAUCGUGCUCUAUAUCCAUGUGUAAAGAUAAUUCAGUUUGAAGGCAUAACUGCACUAGCAGGAAUAUAAACAUUUAUUUUUAAAGUAA